CGAGCGGUGGAUCGCAUUAGGAAUGCGCCGCGGACACUAACGAGUAAUCAGGAAUGGCGCUGCUGCCGUGUUUCGAUUGUUUUGUAAUCAUGAAGCGGGGACCUUUGUCCAUGAUAUCGCCGCACACAUGUCGUAUUGCGCAUGGAAGACCUAUAAAGACUGACCCUGCGAUCUUCGUGGACUACUAACACAGGAACAAAGGAGGUCAGACCGACGAAUCAGAGCAAUGACGGUACACUCAACCAGCAGCCCCAGACGAUCCGCAAACGGCGACACCGCUCACCACCGCCCUGCAAUCACCUUUCGACAUACUAUUCCUUCCGAGCAAUUCCCGGCAGAAAGGGACCGAUAUGUCCUUUAUUUUCAUUAUGGAUGUCCAUGGGCACAAAGAGCUUUGAUAGUUCGCGCGCUGAAGGGACUGGAUAACAUCAUCGGCCUGGUUGAGCUGGACGGCAAAGAUCCAGUGAGGGGCUGGGAGUUCACAGGAGUACGAGGCCCAGAUAGAGAUCCAUAUUAUGGAGUCAAGUAUCUGCGGGACCUCUAUCUCAGAGCCGAACCGCACUACAACGGGAGAAUCACAGUUCCAGUACUUUGGGAUCUCAAAAAUGAAACGAUUGUGAACAACGAGAGCAGUGACAUCAUAAGCUUUCUAUACUACGCCUUCGACGAAUUCCUGCCUCUCCAAGACCGCGAGAGCAACAAACAAGACGGAGGAUUUCGGCCGCCACACCUGAUCAAGGAGAUUGAUGCCUUCAACAACUGGGUGUUUGACACGGUCAACAACGGAGUCUACCGGAUCGGCUUUGCUACUUCGCAGCAGGUGUAUGACGAAAAUGUCUGGAAACUGUUCAAUGCCCUUGACCGGCUGGAAGUGUACCUCGGAGAGCCCGGGCAUUCGCCAUAUUUGUUUGGUGAGCAUAUCACGGAACCCGACAUCCGUCUCUUCACGUCAAUUGUUCGCUUCGAUUGUGCAUACUACACAAUCUUCAAGUGUAACGUCAAAAUGAUCCGCCAAGAUUACCCAAAUCUGCACGCUUGGUUAAGACGACUGUAUUGGGACGAGAGUGAUAGGACAAAGGGAGGUGCCUUCAAGAAUACGACAAAGUUUGAUAUCAUCAAGGGUGGAUACACCAGGGCUUUUGGGGGCCCGCAUGCGAUUGUUCCCGCCGGGCCUUUGCCUUAUAUUAUGCCUCUAUGAGUUUUCCGUGUUCUCCUGGCAUCAGGAUCAUUUUCUAUCAAGAUUCGGUCUAAUUUCAUCGCUGUCAGCGUCUGUUACUACUCCUCAACUUCGAUUCCCAUAUAUUGAUUCGUUAGCAUGCUCGCGAUUGUCCUUCAUCUUCCUUAGCUCACGUUUCUUUCUUAAUCAUUCUGCGGCAUGGGCUCCUCGGGUAGGGACUCCCUUGUUUUAGUCAGAUAUGGUUUGGAGCGGUCGGUCCCGGUACUCUUUCGACUUUUUCAAAUAUAGUUGGAAUUGUUAUCUUUUCACCUAUAUAUCCCUUCUGUCCAAUGACAUUCUUUUCCGGAUAUUGCAAUUGCAGUGGCUUCGUCCUUAGGUUGUGUUCCUUGCCCCUCGGUUAGUCCGCAAAUUAACAUCAACCAUGGCACGUAAGCGUCACG